UAUUUGGUGGGGCAGAGCCAGAGCCGGGGAUCAAUGUUGGCGGGGUAGUAAAAAAAAAGGCUGAACCCAAACUGACCUUGUUGGGUUUUGUCCCUCCAUACAUACGAGUAUUUCACUAGAUAGUACGCAGAUAUACGUUGCUAUCUAUUCUUCAAUCUUCUGUUUUCUUGCAAUUUACGAUAAAUACUUCGAAAGAUAAGUCAAUAUGGCGGAAUCACUCCCUACCACCUUCUCUGGUAUGUAAAAGAUUAUACCUCUCCGUUGAUCGAAUCGGUGUCUUUGUUUAUUCCCAUUCCUUUUCCCCAUCCCGUCCAAAUCAGCCUGUUUCAUCAAUUCCUCAGACCAACUAACCACUAUUCCAUAGACCCCGUCCACAUCGCCGUAAUCGGCGGCACCGGUCUCCAAUCCCUCGAAGGUUUCAUCCCCAUCGCAACGAUCAACCCCCUAACACCCUGGGGAUACCCCUCCGCCCCCAUCCACAUCCUCUCGCACAACAACACACCCAUUGCAUUCCUCUCCCGCCACGGAACCCACCACGAGCUCGCACCGCACGAAAUACCCAACCGCGCCAACAUUGCUGCACUCCGCAGCAUCGGCGUCCGAACCAUCAUCGCCUUCAGCGCUGUAGGAAGUCUGCGCGAGGAAAUCAAACCCCGCGAUUUCGUGGUGCCGGAUCAGGUUAUCGAUCGCACGAAGGGUGUGAGACCAUUCACGUUUUUUGAGAAGGGUGUCGUUGGUCAUGUCGGUUUUGCGGAUCCGUUCGAUGAGAGGAUUGCAAAGGUGGUGAGGGAGUGUGGACAUGCGCUUGAGGGGGAGGGAAUCGUGUUGCAUGAUAAGGGGACGAUUAUUUGCAUGGGUUUGUAUUUCCCUUCUCCUUAUUCUUCCUUCGUAUACAGUGAGCAUAUACUAACUUCUCUUUCACUAAUAGAAGGACCCGCAUUUUCCACCCGCGCCGAAUCACACAUGUACCGCUCCUGGGGUGGCUCCGUCAUAAACAUGUCUGCGGUCCCGGAAGCCAAACUCGCCCGCGAAGCAGAAAUGGUCUACCAAAUGAUCUGCAUGGCGACCGACUACGACUGCUGGCACAGCACGGCGGACGUGGAUGUGGAAAUGGUGAUGGGACACAUGCAUGCUAAUGGACAGAAUGCGAAACGACUUGUGGGAGCCGUGUUAGAUGCAUUGAGUAAGCAGGAACAUAGCGAGAUGGUGUUAGCGAAACAUUGGGAGGGGAAGACGACGGGCAUGAUUAAAUUUAUGACCAAGGCGGAGGGGAGGGCUGAGGAGGGAAAGAAGAAUGUGGAGUUUUUGUUUCCUGGCGUCUUUGAUGCGUAGGGCUGUUAGAAGUAUAGAACUAGUUGAGCGAGCUAGAUAUGUGUGGAGAUGCGGGGAAUAUUGAUGCGAGGGGUAGACUGGGGAUUAGAUACCUAUAUAUAUGCGAUAGAGUACAAGUGCACUCCAUCUCUAUUAAAACCCAUAAAUAAACUGCUUAUUC